AUGAAGGUAGCAGUUUCAGCUUUAAUUUUCGCCAUUGCCAUGUCCAGCUGCUGGGCAGCAACAACAUCAGCAGAAAUAACGACAAAACCAUCAUGUACUUGUCCCAACCUUUUGACUCCUAUUGUUGACUUGCUUAAUUUGGUUAUAAAGACUUUACAACCAGUUUUGAAAAUUCUUCCUCUAAGUCUUGGAGCCGUAAUCACUGCAAUAUGUAACUUCUUGGUAUUCGUCCUUAAGACAAUUGGAACUGUUUUAUCUGGAGGUCUAAUCGAUGUUAGCACUAUUGUUUCCAACCUGGUUACUGCACUCGGUGGUGUACUUGGAGGUUUACACAAAUAA